UAAACAGCUAUGCAGGAAAUCAGAUUGUUUUAGUUUAUCUUUAAAAUGUCAUUGGUAAACCAUUUUUUAUCUUAAAUUCUUGGGCUUCUUCAAGCCAUCUGAAGAUGCAAAAUUGUCACCUGGCCACAUGGGCUGGCGAUAACAUCUGUCAAAGCGUCACUUGCUGGCUGCAGGCUUAACCUUUCCAUCAGGACAGCCACACCACAGAAGCUCAGCGACAUGUCCACGGCACAGAUCUCAGCUCUGGUGCUUGGUGUAGGAGGAUUCGGCGCUCUGGUGGCUGCCACCACGUCCAAUGAGUGGAAAGUGACCACGCGAGCAUCAUCGGUGAUCACGGCCACGUGGGUUUACCAGGGGCUGUGGAUGAACUGCGCGGGGAACGCACUGGGUUCUUUCCACUGCCGGCCGCAUUUCACCAUCUUCAAAGUAGAAGGUUAUAUUCAGGCAUGUAGAGGGCUCAUGAUUGCUGCCGUCAGCCUGGGCUUUUUUGGUUCCAUAUUUGCACUCUUCGGAAUGAAGUGUACCAAAGUCGGAGGCUCAGAUAAAACCAAAGCUAAAAUUGCUUGUUUGGCUGGAAUUGUAUUCAUACUGUCAGGGCUGUGCUCAAUGACUGGCUGUUCCCUAUAUGCAAACAAAAUCACAACAGAAUUCUUUGAUCCCCUCUUUGUGGAGCAAAAGUACGAAUUAGGAGCUGCUCUGUUUAUUGGAUGGGCAGGAGCCUCGCUCUGCAUAAUUGGUGGUGUCAUAUUUUGCUUUUCAAUAUCUGACAACAACAAAAAACCCAGAAUGGGAUACACAUACAACGGAGCCACGUCUGUCAUGUCUUCUCGGACCAAGUAUCAUGGUGGAGAAGGAGAUUUUAAAACCACAAACCCUUCAAAACAGUUUGAUAAAAAUGCUUAUGUCUGAAGCGCUCUGCUGGCAAGUUGUGUCUUGAGUUUGUUCUCAAAACGGACUGUUCACAAGAUGAUCCCAUCGAAGACCCUCUUAUAAUUAACACUCAAACUAUUUUUAAAACAUGAAUUUGCAGUGUUUGUUGAUUGUAUGGAUGUAAAUGUUCUUACAUGGUUAUGUACUAAUCAUUUUCUGUUACGGCUUUCUAUAAAAAAAAUAAACAAGUUAUUUACAGGA